AUGGCACCACCAUCCGCAGUCGAGGCAAAUUCUCCCAUCGACGGUGUUCAUUUGAAAUCCGCCUUUGAAGUCAAAGCUGUUCAUGCUCAGACUGCCAGCCAAGGCAAGACACUUGCUGAACUUGCUGAGAAAUGGGAUCAAGGAUUUACCUUUGCUCCUAUUCGUGAGUCCCAAGUCUCGCGUGCCAUGACUCGCCGUUACUUCAAGGACCUUGAUACAUAUGCCGAGUCUGAUGUGGUCAUCGUUGGUGCCGGAUCAUGUGGUCUAAGCACUGCAUAUAUGCUCGGCAAAGCUCGUCCAGAUCUCAAGAUUGCCAUUAUCGAGGCUUCUGUUUCUCCUGGUGGUGGAGCUUGGUUAGGAGGACAACUAUUCAGUGCUAUGGUUAUGCGAAAGCCUGCCGAUGCCUUCUUGAUUGAUCUUGGUGUUCCAUUCGAAGAUGAAGGAGAUUUUGUUGUGGUCAAGCAUGCUGCUUUGUUCACUUCCACUCUUUUGUCCAAGGUUCUUGCCUUCCCGAACAUCAAAUUAUUCAAUGCAACCUCAGUUGAGGAUCUCAUCACACGUCAAACUGCCGAUGGUAACAUCAGAAUCGCUGGUGUGGUUACAAAUUGGACAUUGGUUACAAUGCAUCAUGAUGACCAAAGUUGCAUGGACCCAAACACAAUCAAUGCUCCUAUCGUCAUUUCAACCACUGGCCAUGAUGGCCCAUUCGGUGCAUUCUGUGUCAAGCGUCUCGUAUCCAUGAAUCAAAUCAAAGAACUUGGUGGAAUGAGAGGCCUUGAUAUGAAUGUCGCUGAAGAUGCCAUCGUCAAGAAAACCAGAGAAAUUGUUCCAGGUUUGAUUGUUGGAGGUAUGGAAUUAUCCGAGGUUGAUGGUGCAAAUCGUAUGGGUCCUACCUUCGGUGCAAUGGCACUCUCUGGUGUUAAAGCUGCUGAAGAAGCUUUGAAGGUUUUUGAUGAACGUAAAGCACAAAAUGCUUACUAG